AAAUUGUCUUUGAAUAAUAAUUAUUAAAUUUACAGAGUUCGAUUUUCAUCAUCCUCGACACAAAAUCAAAACAAAAAUAUUAAGUAAAUUUUGAUGAGUAAGUUUUAUAUUCGGUUUCAGUGGCGUGCUCUUGGCUUAUUUAAUUAUUUACAAGAUUAUACGUGAAAAGUCAUCACUAAUACUUUUUACUUCAUUUUAUAUUUAAGCAACCAUGUUUCAUUAGCAAUACUAAAUAUUGACGGCAGCUGUGUUUCCUUAAGUACGCCACUAAUGCAGUUCGGAUCUAACCCAAUAACGAUUUCCUAAAAGGUGAAAUCGUGAACAGCUUUUAAUAUAAAUUUGGCGAACUUCUUAGGAAGUUACAGCUGUUUAUCUUUACUGUGAAACACGAGGAUGAUGUUUAUCUCAUUCGACUAUUUGUUGAAAUUUUUCUUUCCCAAGUAAACGCACGUUCAAGGCUUUCGGCUGAUUUUCUUUAAAGUAAUCAUCUUGUAAACAGGAAGAGUAAAAUCAAAUGAAGUAAUCGUGUUCAGUGUAAGUUACGAUAUUUUUGUGCAGCUUUUGAGAAAACGCUUUCAAAAAUAUGUCUGAAAUAUUAAGUAUUUUAAAUAUAAAUAAUAAUUUUAAAACACAAACUUGUGUAAUGGAAUUGCUGUUGUUUAUUUGUGAUCAAUAUUGCAAUUAGGUAAUUGUGCCGGUGGCGACUGAAGUGUGUUUACGUUAAGUUGCUGAUCGUGAUAAGAGAAGUAUCACAUUAUAUUGACCACAGGUUAAUGGAAGGCGACGGCGGAGCGAUUUGGUUUAAAUCCGAUAGCGGAGUCGCCGCUAUUAACGUUGGCACGACUGUGGUGGCGACGGCCUCGCCGAAUCGACAAACUGGUGGCGACCGUCCGCUUGCAGCGGGAGCGGGUACACGUCCAGUGAAACUCAGAACUCAUACGUGUAUGACGUAUUCGCACUAACCUAACCUCAGUAAAUUUUAUCUGAAUUUCCCUACAAACCGUUCAUUUCUACUUUGAAACAUCAACCACAUGGACGGCCGACUAUCAAAUUUGUUGGACACCGGUCGCCUUAUAGAAGAAGUGUGUAGUCGUCCCGAAUUAUGGGACAGACAGCACCCACAACACCACAAUAGAUCAGUGUUGGACCAUCAUUGGGAAGACGUUGCCGGAACGCUCAGUAUUAACGGAAAGACUGCUCGUGGAAAAUGGAAGAAUUUAAAAGAUCAUUUUCGCAAAGAAUACAAACGAUGUUUAUCCUUAGAAAAUGGUCAAGACAUAUCUAAAUGGCCUUAUUUUCAAAGUAUGAUGUUUAUUAAAGAUCAAAUAUCACAUUCCGUUUCAAACUCAUUAUAUUUAGCUGAUAUUCAAUUCCAAAAUAUUUAUCCCGAGGUUGAAAUGACUGAAGGAGUGGACGAAGAUAAACAUUCAAAUUCUACUGUAGCGCGAUCGACAGAUAAUGGCGUAGAAAUCUGCUCGUCUUCUCUUUAUCAAGAUGAAAACUUUUCUGACGAUAAACAUUUUCUACUUAGUCUAUUACCUACUUUCUCUGCACUUUCGCCAGAAAAAAAGUUAAAAGCUCGCAUCGCCAUCGAGACACUAUUACUUAAGACGGCUUAUCCUGAAGUUCUUGCCAUUAAAACUGAAGAGACUUUAUCGGAAGUUAAUCAAUCUAAUGUUGAUAAGUGUAAUGAAUUACAACCAGUAAAAACGGCGACUAAAAGAAAACGAAAAUCGGCUGUUACUAAAAAAUAUUGUUGAUGUUUAGUAUUCCUAAAAAGCUAAUUAUCUCUAUUAAAAGAAUUCAUAUUAUUUUCUUGUUGCAUUAUUGCGUAAAAUAUUGUUAUAUUACUUAAUGUUUCUUUAUUGUUAAAUGAAUAAAUAUUUAUUAAAUGA